CCUCAAUAUCAUAGUCUUCGCUUUAUUCCCAUCACUAUUCAUGCUAUAUUUACACUUUAGCCUCACUAGUACUGUCUGUUAUCACCAUCUACUAUUAAGUCACGUUGCUUCCGCAGUCAACAACAACUAAGCACUCAACAGCAUAACCUAGCAUGUCUGACCCAACUUUGAUGUCUAACUUGACCCAAAUGGAGUCUGAUGUCGCUACCGGCUCUGGAGCUAACCCCACUGCGAGUCUGGCCAAUGCUGUUGACUAUGCUUACGUCAGACUGGCCCAGCUGCAAGACAGUGUGGAGCCCAUGCGGCGACAGUGACAAUCUGAGGAUGGUAGAUGUCAUAUACAGCAACAAUAAAGAUGUUUGCCCACCAAAAACCUGGGAAAAUCAAGUACUCCAGUGCAUUCGGGCCAAGGGUAUGAAGGUAAUGGUGCUGUAUUGUAGUCAUGGGGCGGAGCAUAUUACAUUGGGAAAGGUUGCUCAUGUGGAAACACUAGUCAAGGAAGGACUGACUAUAGGGGGUCACCUUUAUGAUGUUGUCAAGAAGGAAUGCAUUCAGCUUCAGGGACCUUAUGCACUGGCAAUCAAAGGAGUAUCCAAAUACCCCACCCUUCACAAUCAUUUCGACAGAGCCUUGCAUCGUCGUUUCAGGAUGGAUUUCCUAGGCUCCCACUUGGGCCUCAAGAGCAAAGAUGUCUAUGUGUUUUACCUAUCAAACUGGGCUCUUACCGCUGAGCUUCUUAACCAACCAGCCUUCCUUAUCAAUGUGUUAGUCCCCAAAAUAUCGCUUAUUAAACUCCUUUACGAGUUCAACAAAUCCAACCUCUUUAUCAGGCAUUCUGACAUGGUUGGAUCGGAUGCCUUGGUCCUUUCCAAUGCCUGUAUUUCAAAGGUUAGCAAUGACAUCAUCCAGCUUGCAGAGAUGGUGAAGGAAACCCAUGAGGAUGCCCGUAACACCGUUAAGGCCCUAGCUGAGCGUAUGUUGUCACAGGACCGUUCAAUUGCUAUGCUGGAAUCAACGGUGGCUGAAAAUACCAAAACUAACCAGAUCUUGGCAACCUCUUGUCUUGGCCUUACCCUCACAGAGAUUGAGCAAGAACUAAAUGCACUGAAGGAGAAGAGAAGGAGAGUCAAUGACAAGAUCGCCCAAAAGAAUGAGGACAACGCUGCCAUUCUCAACUCCGCUCUCAGUGCUAUGGUCCCAUGCACUGAUGUUUCAGCCUUGUCAUCUUCCUCUCGCAUACCAGCUCCCGAUUCUGAUGCCUCGAAUGGUUGA